GGCACCAAUGGUAACCAGAUGUCCUGCUAAUUUCUUUUUCUUUUUCUUUUUCUUUUUUUCUUUUUGCAGGACUAUGCCGGCUCCUGGGAUUGGGCCUCUGUCACAGUCUGGAAUGCUCUUCCAGGGAAGGAGCUCCCAAAACGGGCACAUGGGGUUGAUGUCUGCACUCACAGGAGAUGGCCCAGAAGAGGGGACAUGAUGGAUGAGAGCAUUAUUAGGAAGUUCUGAGAAGGAAAAAAGAGCCCUGCCAUCUGACUGCUUCAAACUAGUCUGAUGAAUGGCUCACUCAUGGUGGGCCCCCCUAAAAGUGACCCAAGAUCUGCAUUUAUUCCACUUUCUUGGCUGAUGCCAAGCGUCGACCGGCUCCGUUCCUCUCACUUCCCGCCUAAAACUUAUCAACCUGAAAUUAUCCCAAAAGCAACCAACCCAGAACACCUUCUUGCUCCCUGCAGCUGCCCUGAAGCCGCUCAAGGUAAGGCCACGUGCUUGUCUAGGCCGUGCGAGCUCCUCACUCACCCAGAUGGCUCACUCUUCUCGCACGCAUGCCCUGCAUUUGCCGCAAAGGACCAAACUCAGGUUGGACGACGGAAGGGCCCCGGCCUGGCUGGCGGCGGUGCUUGCUCAGUGCUGGAGCGUACAGCUGUAGGCCGGCUCUCACUCCUGGCCCCGAGAGGGUGGUCGUAUUGCACUUCUCGGAUUCCUCUAGCUCCCCAGGAACAGCGUGCCCUGCCCCGCGGGGAACCCGUGCUGGUGACCAUCGUGGCUACAUCUGGAGCGAGCACCCUAACAGUUGGGAAGCAGCAGGAUCUCCACCAGGUUGAGAGGUUGUUGGCAAUGGGAAGACUCCAGCCCACACAUGCCCGGCAGAAACAGACUCUGCACCCUAGCCCGGCAUCCAGCAUGUUCCCUGAAAUGGCACUGCUCGGGGGAUGCUAUUAAA